UCUCUCUCUUUUUUUUUUUUUUUUGUUGUUGUUGUUUCCAUGUCUGAUCGCGCUGCCAAGUUGCAGGACUUGCGCGAGAAGGCCGCGGCGCACGAGCAGAGCAAGCCGCCCGUCGCGUUGGAGAACUCGCUGACAAUGGUCGUGGACGAGGCCGCGCUGCUGCUCAAGCCCGUGCGCGAUCUCGACGCACAGUGGGUCUCUGCAGAUGCACACACGAUGCGCUUCCUGCCAUACACUGCGCCGCCCGUCCUGCCGCCGCCGAGCGCGCUGAUCGCCAACCCGAACGCUGCCGCCGCCAUUGACGCGGGCAUUCGGCUGCGCGUCGAGGCCCUCACGCUCAUGCUGGGCGAUGUGCAGUGGCUAUUGCAGCUCAACUACUCGGUCUUCUGGAGCCAUGCCGUCUAUUGCUUGCCGCUGCAGCGAUUCAUCGACUUGUACCUCAAGUUUGCCCCGCGGUCCUGGGUGCCAUUGAUCAGACUCGUCUCCUGGCGCAAUGCAUGGCAGCAAGGGUUUGAUCAACUCUCACAGAGCCUGUCAGCGGCACUCACCGAUGUCGGCGGGGACGAGUUUGACGCAACGAGUGGCGAUUUCCCACCACUCCAGCCUGCCGCCCUUCCCGCGCCGGCUCCAGCCAACGACAAGGGCAAGGGCAAGGGCAAGGGCAAGGGCAAAGCUCCAGCCAACGACAAGGGCAAAGGCAAAGGCAAGGGCAAAGCAGCUGCUGCGCCGAGUGACGAUUCUCAGAGUGAUGGCGAGGAUGGAAUGUCAGCGACCCGCCCGCCAGUUGUAACAGCCGCCGCCCAACCACCUACUACCCAUGUCGUUGAGGUCGAGACAGAAGCAACUCGGCUCCUUCAACUCGAAAAGCAGCUGCACCACGCCGUAUUCUUGCUGCUGCUCCGGAUGGGCGUCCCCAGCGAGUCGCGGCAACACUUUAUGAGCGACGCCGUCCACGCGAGCAUUGUGUACGACAACUUUAUCUUUGACAUUCCAAAGAUGAUGGACAUUGCCUCGCUGUACGCCCGCAGCAACCAUGAUCUGGUUCAAGGCUUGCUUGCCGGCCUGUUUGCGCGGCAGCCAAAGUACAUGUCCGACCUGAGCACGCUGGUUCGUCCUGCCACGCUUCAAUCCAUUGCCACUGAAGUCGUCUGGCUAUCCACCGCCUGCGGCGGCUCUUCCUCCCUCUACGACAGUGGCGCUCCUGUGCCUCGAGCUGGCAGCCAGGUCUCGUCCACCCAACCAAAAGCCACUCCUCGCGACAUCAUUCAGCACUCGUGCCAGCUCGCGGACGCGUUCGAUGCGCUCGAGUCGUUUGUGAAUGUUUUGCCUGUCUCUGCGGAUUUGUUCAUGUUCCCCGUUUCCCACGUCAAGGGGCGCAAGGCGGUUGUGGAAGAAGUUCCGAUCGGUGAAACCGACUUUACCUCGCAAGGCAACCUGCUCUUGCGGUCGGCGUUCGUCGCUGAUUCGCUUCUACCUCGCCUCUUGUCCUACUGGAGCAUUGCUGCUCGCCAGGUGACUACCGUGCCGUCGACACCGGAUGUGGAAGUCCCGGAAUCUGCCUGGGCUUCGGUCGAGGCUGGCCGAUCGAGCCUGCUUCGCCUUUCACGGAGUGUGCUGGCACUCGUACACGCAGUUCUCGAUGCAGUGUAUCUCGUGCCCUUGACUGUCUCAAGCGAGGCCCAUGCCGACAAGCCAACCUCUGGCGGCGACUGGGCACCACCGGCUUUCUCUGCGCGACUGGACAGCAUGUUUGAUAACAUUACCAUCAUUCUUUCCAUGCAAAAGGUUGUAUUUGCUCUCGAGCAGCGUUUCUACUUGACGGAUCGUCUGCGAAGAUUGAGCCGCGUCAACAAGUUCAUCGAUGAUACACGAAUCCGAUUUGUGUGCGACGGCAUUGCGGCCAUUUCUGAGCGUAAGGGCGCAACUGCCGCUCGCGUUCCUCCUCCAUCUACCUCAACUGCGGGAAAGCGACUCGGCGAUGUUGGUCCAGCGUCCAAGCAACACCCCGGCCAGCCUUCGCCAGACCUCCAACAAAAGGUUGCAGCGAUUCGUGACAUCUUCCCCGACCUGGGUGUCGGCUUCGUGGCGGCUUGCUUGAAGCACUUUGACAUGAGCGUCGAACGCACGACAGAUGCGCUGUUUGACGAAAGCAGUUUGCCCCCGCAGCUUCGCGCGCAUGAUCGAAAAGAUGCCAGCUAUCCCACAUCAUCAGGAAGCUCCAAUGCCGCACAAGUUGUGCCUGUCCACCAAGCUGGGCGGUCGCUGCUUGACGAGCGCCUCAACGUGUUCGAUCACGAUGAGUUUGAUCUGCUCAAGGGUGCUUCAACAACCAUCGAUUCGUCACGCAUUCAUGUGGGACGACGUGCUGAGCCUGCUGAUGCCCGUGACCUUCUCGAUGACAAGUCAUUUGUUCGAGAAGCCAAGGCAGCCAUCCUCGAGUCGCAGUAUGAGCUCGAGUACGACGACGAGUACGAUGACACUUACGACGACAACCUCGACUUUGGCGAUCUCCAAGCGGACGAUCGCGAAGAGCUGCCUCAGCAGACCGGUCGAAGCAAGGCGAGCGCUGCCAAGUCGGCUUUGGACACCAGCGGCGUCGCUGUGCCGUCGGCCCAAAUCUUGGCUCGUACUGCUGCGGCCAAUCGCGACAAGUCGUCUGGAGAGGUGCUUGUUGCUGCAGUCGCUGCAGCUUCAGGUCCCAAUGCUCUGGUUUAUGGCAAGGGCGGUCGUGUGCUCUCGCAGCAAGAGAUGAACCAGGCCAAGCUGGCGGUGCAAGAGAAAUCGGCCGACGGGUCCUUGUUGCAGCCUCUCAACCAGCGUGGUCUUCAAAUACACCGCAGCACGAAAGGCGCUGACGGUGGAAGCAGCGAUGAAGAAUCUGGCGAAGCAGUCCCUCAAGGUGCUGGUCCGCCGGCUGGCGGACGAGGUCGCGGUCGAGGCCCGCCUGGCACAGGCCCACACGGCGGCGGGGGCCCGCACCAUUCUCAGCAUGGAGGCCGUGAAGGUGGUGGGCCGUCGGACGACCGCGCCCGUGCAAACGCGCGCCAGAACAAGGCCAAGCGCGCCAACCACGAUCGCAAAAACCAAGCCGACCGCAAGCGCAACCAAUCGUUCCUGAGUCAGCCAGCAACGCAGUGAACAAGCACGGACCUUCGCAGCAAGCGUGUUGAAGAGUGCAUUCAACCAUUUUUGCCGAGUCGUGUUUGUACCACAGGAUUGGUACUUUUGGGAAGGUUCGUGGGUUGGAUGAGGUCAUAACUACAUUCACAAAUACACGCACACACACAAACACACA